GCGGGACAGAACAGCAUGCAGGAGGGAGAUUGGGAGGUGUUGCAGGUGGUUUGUCUUCCAUGGCCUGGUGACUGGGUUGUGUUACUUUGCAGAAAUUGCAAACUGAAUGCAAGGUGUCUGGCUUGGCUCCUGGUGUCUCCUCCUGGCUGUCUCCUGAAGCAGGCUUCAAAUGGAGCUGGAAUUCUGCUUCCUGCUGGUGCCAGCACAGUUCCAGUGGAAAAAGACCAUACUGAAGAAAUGGUGACGCGGUGCAUUGUGGAGGUUCUGUCCAACGCUCUGUCUAAGCCCAAUGCACCCCCCAUUAAUCCUGAAUGCAAAGAAAUCCUGAAGAAGAGUGAUAAAAAUGACAGAGAGAGAAGUGAAAAUGAACAGCCUGAAGUGAGGCAUCCCAAGGACCCAGCAGAGACUGAAAAGCAUCCUCCUGGGAGCAUGGAGAAAGAACAGAGGCAGGCAGAAGAGGAAUCUGAAAAGUACAUGGAAGGAGGUGAUGAGGAGAAACUUGCUCAUGAGGAAGGUAAAAGCGAGGAGGAGGAGGCUGGACACCACACACCUGCUCAGGAUGAGACACUUCAUGUGGAAGAAAAAAAGCACUACCAGGAAAUUGGGAGAGAGGAGGAGAGGAAUUACCACAGUGAGGAGGAAAGCAAAGAGGGGAAGUGUUGUGAGGAUGUGGAGGCUGCUGUUGUCACCAAGAAGUCCCACUCUGAGGGCAUGAGCGUGGAUGAGUUCCGUGGUGGGAGUGAUCAGAGCCCCAGGGGCCACUGGCACCUGGAGGAGGGAAUGCAGAGCCCUUCCAAACAAAUUGGGGAAGGUGAAGAGGGAGAGGAAGGAAGGAGUGAGAAAUACCACCAUGAGUCUCAGGAACGUGGGUUCUCCCACCAGCAGCAGCGUGAAGCAUCUGAGGAGAGUGAAGAAAGAGAGGAGGGAAAGGAGCCCUUCAAAGGCAAAGGUUAUCAUGGGAAGCACAGGGGGGGUGACUCCAGUGAAGAGAAGAGGGGCCAUGGUGGUGAGAGGGGGGAACCAGCAGGGGGAUCACAGCCAGGGGAGGCCAAUCUCUGGGAGCAGUGGAAGCACCGACAGAAACAUGAGGAAGAGUCUGAGGAGAAGGGUGGCUCUCCUGGCAGGCGUGGGCCCGAGGGGCUGCAGCAGGAGGGGCCUGCAGAGCCGGGCAGUGAGGAGCUCAGCUGGCAGCAGAGCCAGGAGAGCAGGGACGAGGAAAACAAGAGGCACCACCACAGUGAGGAGAGCAGUGAGAAGUGGCACGAGGAGAGGAGGCAGCACAGUGGAUCCCACCAUCCUGGGGGCAGGAUGCACCUUGCUGAGGGAAGCCAGGAGGAGCUGGCCAGGUACCUCAGCCAGGAGAGGCAGCGCCGUGUGGGAGGGAGAGCCCGCGGAGGGAACAGGCAACAGGAGGGGGCCCAGAAGGCUCGAGAGCACAAGGGCCAGGCCAGCAGGCACUACAGCACUGAGGACAGCCUGGAGGAGGAGGAGGUGGAAAAGAAGCAUCACAGCAGUGACCAGGUUGAAAAUGAAGAGGAGGAAAGGUUUGCAGAGAGAGAGGAGUACAGAGGCCAUCUCCCCGCAGAGAAAGAGAAGAGAACUGCAGCAUCCUACAGGCCGUUCUACCCACUGGUGUGGUGGAAAAGCCAGCACUUGGACAAGAGGGACAGUGCAGGGGAGCAGCUUCUGGAGGGCAGGGAGGAAGGCAGGCCUGCCCUGAGUGAGAAGAGCCUUUUCCCUGAGUACAAUGACUACGAGUGGUGGUCAGAAAAGCAAAUCCAGAGCGCUCUGAAGCACAGGCGCAGCGAGAAGAGGAAUCCUGGCAAAGCGAACAGAUACGAUGUGGAAAGGCAGUACAACAAGAUGGAUCAACUUGCACAACUUCUCAACUACAGGAAGAAGUCAGCUGAACUCCCGGGGCUGUACAGCUCUGGAGAAGACCUGAAGAAGCGUCGGGUGGCUGGCAAUGACAGAAGGAGCCUAAGCCAGAGGCCCCUGACAGAAGAGGAGGAGAAGCAGCUGGAAAACCUGGCCACCAUGGAUCUGGAGCUGCAGAACAUAGCAGAGAAGAUCAACAGCCUCAGGAGAGGCUGAAGGUGUCCCGGGUUCUGUGGUAAAGUCACUGCCACUGGAUUGUUGUUUGCCCCAAACCCAGGAAAUUAUAUUCCCUGUCCACUCUUGUGUAGUGAUUUACACAGCUGAAAGUGUCUUUAAUUUGCUGUUAUGCUCCUGAGACCUGAAUGGCAUGAAUUUUAGUAACAUAACCUUUCAUGUGGGCAGGUAUUUUUAAUAUGCUUUUGGAGAUAAUUGUGUUAGUGUUCUUCAGGAAUAUAUUUGUCUGAGUUUGCAAUAAUAAAAACCAUUGAUCUUGGACCAAA